GUAUUUAUAUAGAGGUGUACCAACGUUUUCCUCACAGUUCUUACAAACAGUUAUAUAACAGUGUUUUUAUAAAGUUAUUAAUUUACACUCAACAUCAUGAAAUCCUCUAUGGUAUUUCUUUUCGUGGCAGUAUUUAUGAUACAACAAUGUUUGAGCGCUCACUGUCAUCACGAAGGUGAAAAAUCUCCACAAGAACAUACCGGUGAUCACACUGAUCACACUGGUCACAACCACGAAGCUCACGCGAGUCACGAAGGAGUUGACCAUACAGGCCAUAACCACGAAGACGGCAUUGAUCACACAGGCCAUGACCAUACAUCAAAUGAUCACGCUGGCCAUAACCACGAACACGAACACACUAAAUAAUAGUUAUUAAGCUAAGCACACAAAUUGCAGUAUAACGACAC